GACACUUUUAUAAAUUCUGCCUUUAAAAUGUUCCGCAGCAAACGGAUCGAAGUAUAUCGUGGAUUUAGGGACGGCAAAUGGACGACAAAGGAUAAACUGGACCAAUAUCGAGGAAUUUUAAAGUUAUACGAUCGUGAAAAGAAGUUACGACUGCAGGAUGCGGCAAAGUUGAAGAAGAGAAUAUCAUGGCAAUUGGGUUCAUUUCGGGAAGAUGUGAAAAAGUACCAUCAACUGGUAAGCGGUAGCAAAGAUCGUGCGCAUAAUUUACUGCAAGAUCGCAAGGAUUUGCGAUUAAAGUGCCGUGGCCAAAGAACGGAGCACAUUUAUACGAUUAUUUAUGAGGAUAAUCAUCAGAAACGUCGUCAACUGGACAAACUUCGUUACGAGAAAAGAAGAAAAUUGAAACGUUGCUUCGAACUACAGUUGGAGCAUGCAGAAUUGUUUGACAGUUACGCGCGAGAACGAGAGGUGCCAUGGACUCAGGAUCUAACGCAACAACGGCUGGUAGCACGUUAUCAACAAUCUAUAGCAAAACAAAAUGCAGCGAGGGCGAUAAAUAUAACAUACACCUCCAUGCUCGAAAUUUUACGAGAGGACGCGGUGCAUUACGAAGCCUUGUUGGAUUUGUUGAAGCAAGAUCGAAGAAGUCAAUGCGAAGUGAUACUCGCAGCAACGAUAAUGGGACAACUCGCGGUUGAAGAGUCCGACGACAUAGCAGGAAAAUGUAAGGAAAUUACUCGAAAAGUUUGGAACAACAUGAAAGAAAGAGAACGUUCGUUGGCGUUUAUUCGCGGGCAAGUCGAAGAUCUGUGGUCAUACGCGCAAUCGUUGAUACGAACGGAAAGCGAAACAAUGUUCACCAUGGAAGUUAGACGUGCUUCGAUCGCAUCGAAUGGAUCGCUGGAAAAGCAAAUAAAGUCUUUGGAAGGAGUAUUUGAUAAAGUUAAAGAAUCGUUGCUCGUACGAUCCUAUCGAGAGUUACUUUCAAGGCUAGAAGAACAAAUGAAACAAAGAACGCGAUUAUUGGAACAAUUCAACCGAAAUGUAAAGGAACGCGACUCGUUAUCGAGUCAGAAAAAUGAAGCUUUAUCCACUCUCACGGAGAUCGAGCACACUAUUGUGGCUGGCGUGGAAGAAUAUAAGACUGAUAAAAGAACGUUACUGGAACAAAUCGUGAUGCAAAAACAGCGUCAACUUGAACAUAAGAAUUUAAGGAAGGUUCGUGGUGAACUGUUAAUGGAUAUACGAGCGGCAUUACAAAAUAUGGUAGCGAUGCUAGUUUGUGUGAGAAGGGGAACGAUUAGGACACCGAAAAAGCAAACCGAUAAAAGACCGACGAAGGAUGGAAAGGAUGAUACGGAAGAACUGGAAGCCGUUCUACCGAUCAUGGAAAAAAUUGAAACGGAAGGUUUAGCAUUAUUAUCCACCGUAAGUCGGAAAGUAGGAGCACUGUUUGGAAUGAGCAACUUCGAAUUCGACGAAGAUAGAGAUGAUAGAGCGAAAGAUUUGUAUCAAACCUACGUCUCUGAUUAUAAUUCCAGAUUAAAGUAUAAAGACGAAGGAGUAGAACCAACGGGUCUCAUCGUCGAGCACGAAGCGAUUGAUUCCUCGAUACUUACGAGGGCCGACAUCAAAUUCAGAAGCAGACAAGCUGUUGAAGCUUAUGUGCGAUUAGAAUGA